AUGUCUUAUGGUUCUUCUGUCCCGGUACAGGCGUCCCCGCUCAACCUCUCUCACUCAGGGUUCAGUGCUCACCACUUAGCCAGAGCCCGGGAACAUAGAGCCCAAGUUAACCCCGAGUUCUCGACGCCACGUUUAACGAUUUUACGACCAAAUCCAUCCACCACCUUUUCCGUCACUUACCCGCGAACUUACACUCGUCUUCUAUAG